UCCCGGGCUCUGCUGCUCCCGCGGGUGGGUCCGGGCCCUGGGCGGAGCCGCUGCCGGGCGCUGGAAUGUGCGGAAUGGGGCGAGUGGAGAGCCCGGGGCUGGCGGGGACCUGCCGGAGCCGCGCACGGGACCCGCAACCGCAGCGCUGCGCCCCAGCCGCUCAGGAGGAAGCAUCUCUGCGGGGGAGCUUGGCGUGAGCUCUGGAGGGCAGAGGCCUAUCAAACCCAGUGGCGAACGGUCCUAGAGGGUUGGAUGCCCCGUCAGACUGCGCAUCCCCUCGCGUGAUGCCCCGGAGUUGCCUGAGUGCAGACUCGUCUUGAACGGCCCCGUCCCCUGCGUUGAGGACUCUUGCAUGCCAGCCUGUUGGAGCUGAACCACGGGGCCCGCUCGCUGGGCUGGAACUCUUCCGGCCUCCUGGCGGGCUCCCAGUGCCGCUGACUCAGCGCCCAGGCAUCCCAAGGUGACCAUGGAGUUGGCCAAGGAGUUGCUCCGGAAGGAGCUGGAGGAGGAGCUGAAGCUCAGCACCGAGGAGCUGCGGAGCCACGCGUGGUACCACGGCUGCCUGCCACGGGAGGAGGCCGAGUCCCUGCUGGGGGAGGACGGGGAUUUCCUGAUCCGGGACUCAGGCUCCAGCCAGGGGGACUACGUGCUGUCGUGCCGCUGGCAGGGCGAGCCCCUGCACUUCAAAAUCAUCCGGGUGGUGCUGCGCCCACGCCUGGGCUACUCCCGUACCCUCUUCCAGUUCGAGCAGGACCAGUUCGACAACGUGCCGGCCCUGGUGCGCUUCUACGUGGGCAACCGCACGCCCGUCUCGGAGACCUCGGGCGCCGUGGUCUCCCGGCCCGUCAACCGGGAGGUGCCGCUGCGCUGGCUGCAGGAGCGCUACCGGGCCACCGUCCAGCCCCGUGUGGACGGGCAGGAGCCGGCCAAGGGGGACGCAGCUCCCCGCAGACUCGGCCUCCACAGGCUCACCGCUGGGGAGAUGGCGACAGAGGGGAACCUGCGCCGAGUGAAAGACAGAAGUGGGAGCCACCCCACCGGGCUGGAUCAGCUGGGCCGGAGACCCUCCCUCUACACGGCGCAGUCAGACAGUAACCUGCGGACAGGCAGCCCGGAAGCUCCAGCCGGCACCCAGGAACGGGGCGAGCUCCCGCCCCCCUCGCCCGUCUUCCGCACUGGCAGCGACCCCGUGCUGCGGCCCACCGCCCCCCGGUGCCUGGACCCUGAGGGGGGUGCAGCCUUGAGCGGCUCGGAGGGGCAGCUGCACUCCAAGGCUCCCCCCAAGCCCCUGCGGGCCCCCUCCAUGCUGGUGGGCGACGCCUCCCAGGAGCAGCUCAACACCUACUGUGAGCUGGUGCCCAAAGCCCCGGCCGGCUUGCGGAGCCACGUGGCUCGGCUGCACACCGAGGAGAAGUGGCGUGGCCGGGCCCGGGCCACGGACACGGCCUUUGGCUUCCUCGAGGACGAGGUGGCGCCGCUCCCCCGGCCGCGCCCCUAUGAGGAGGAGAUGGAGGGCUUUGUGCGCCCCCUACUGGAGACAGCCUCCUCCUUCCAGCCCCACAGCUUCCACUCACUCCUCCUGCCCCCCGACAACAAGCCCCUGGAGCCUGGCGCCCUCAAACGGCUCAAGGACCUUUUCGACUGGCAUGACUGCCGGACCAUGGCCCUGCACAUCCUCUACAUAGACUGUUUGGCUGGCAGGAUCACCGGGGUGCUCAGGGAGCAGCAGCGGGCGAUGGGGGUGAGCUCGGGGCUGGAGCUGAUCACCCUGCCUCACGGGCACCAGCUGCGCCUGGACCUGUUGGAAAGGCACCAUCUCAUUGCCCUGGGCAUCGCUGUGGACAUCCUGGGCUGCACGGGGGCCGUGGCGGAGCGAGCCGCCACCCUGCACAAGAUCGUUCAGCUGGCCGUGGAGCUAAAGGGCUCGGCCGGGGACCUGUUCGCUCUGUCGGCCGUGAUGAAGGGCCUGCAGCUGCCCCAGAUUGCGCGGCUGGAUCAGACGUGGCAGAAGCUGCGGCAGAGCCACACCGAGAGCGCCAUCGCCUUCGAGAAGGACCUCAAGCCCUUCGUGAAACGCCUCCACCGGGGGGAAGGGAACUCCUCCCAAGGAGAGGUCGCCGUCCCACACCUCCUGCCUCUCAUCAGCCUCAUGGAAGGGGAGCAGCUCUGGGACGACCAUGAGGAGAGCUGCGACCUCCUCCUACGCACGCUGGAGUCCGCCCGCUCCAUCGCCACCAGCGCCGGGGCCUACAAAGCCACCGCAGAGGCUAAGCUCCAAGGCUUCCAAGCCACGCCGGAGCUCCUCGAAGCUUUCCAAACCGAGUUCGCGCUCCGCUUAUUCUGGGGCAGCAAAGGAGCGGCCGCGGACCGGGCCGAGCGCUACAGGAAAUUCGACGCCAUCCUCACGGUGCUGUCCCAGAAACUAGAACCAGCGGGGAAAACGGAGCCCUGAGUUUCCUCCGCCACCACGGCACGGACCAUGAACAAUGGCUUGCAGAGCCAAGUCAGCACAGGAUGGAGGAGCGACCACGCCCCUGGGCCUGGAGAUCUCUCCACGAGCCAGUGCCAGGAGCAGGAUGAGGGAAAGGGAACUAGCCUGAAACCGAAAGCCUUCCAGGCCCCACCGCCGCAGAGGACGGGGGAGACAGAUUUCCACGGCUUACGCCCGUGCCGUAUUCUGCCAGCCCCCCGUGCCUUGCUACUGGAGGCGGCUGCUCCGUGUACAGAAGCUUGGGGGAGCGGGAAGGAUUGGUAGACCCAUUGCACCCGCGAGCCUACGGCUUUUUAAAUGCAAAAUGCCACUGCAACUUUAGCUUCCCCCGCCUCUUUGCCAACGUGGGAGGGUGUGAGCUGGUGAAAGGGAGCGGAGGAGCAGGGGGGGAUUUCCCCCUGCCAGCAGAGGAGGGGUGCCUGGAGCAAUAAACCGAAGCCUUCCAGCUGGCUUGGAGAAUUGCUGCAAAGGGUAGCGCCUGUCCCCGGGGUGGCUGGAGGUUACGUGGGGGAGGCGGCUAGGGGCUGAGUUGCAGCCUGCGGGGGCUGGUGCAGCAGAAGCCCCCUGCCCCCUUCCAAUGACAAUUGGCGACUUAGUGAAAAGUCUCUCUCCGCCCCUGCCCACUUCUCCCCUGAAAUGAGCAGGUUUUGUGCUGCCCUCAGUGCAUUAGGGGAGCUCCCCUGAGUCGGGGUAGCAGGGGGCUGUUAGCUCUGCCCCAGGGAUGAAGAAUUGCCUAAUGGUUACAGCAGGGGACACCUGGGUUCUGCAGCCAGUUCGGGCAGGAAGCAGGCUAGGAGGGGCCGGCCCGGGAUUAGACUAGGAUGGUCGGCUUCUGCUGUCAGCCGCGCUUUAACUAAAGCAUCCUAGUGUCGUCCCCUCCCCCCGGCCCCCGACCUCAGCCCAGGGCAGUGGGGAAGCGAAACCAGACAACGCACCACCGAGGGGAACGGUCCGAGCCAGGCUGUCAUGUUUCCUGCCCCACCCCACCCCCCGCCGCGUCUAUGUUCACGUGAGGGGAACCAGCUGGAGUCGGUACCCGUCCAAUGCCCCAAGGAGCGGCUGGCCAGGAGGGUUAUGGCCAGGAGAGCCUAAGGUGGGGAGUUAAAUGAGGGUAGUUACAGCAAGGCUUAGCCCUGUGUGGACGCUCUGAACUCAGGCUCAGCCCUUGUGGAUGGGGGAAGCUGGACCACUCACAGCGAGGGUGGGAAUUUAAGCCCCCUGCUCUGAAUAAGCCAAUGCAAACUGCAGCUGAGUUAAAUUGCUAUUCCAUGCGUGGGGGGCCCCUCUCUUCCCCACAGCCACGGUGGAGUAAGAACGGGGGUGGCUGGAGACAGCACAAGCGUGACUAGGCCCCGGCUCCAGCAGAAAAAAAGCUGUUUAAAUGUUGCCUCUAACAUGGAAGUAAAAGUUCCAUGUCCCUUAUGGGGAAACCAAGACAGGCCUAUGGUCACAUAGCAAAAUCAGAGACUAUCAGGGUUGGAAGGGACCUCAGGAGGUCACCAAGCCCCUGCUUAAAGCAGGACCAAUCCCAAGACCCCUAAAUGGCUCCCUCAAGGAUUGAACUCACAACCCUGGGCUUAGUAGGCCAAUGCUCAAACCGCUGAGCUAUUCCUCCUCUCAAUGGAAGGCAAACCUAUGUGAGCCCAGGCCCCUCCCACAGCUAAGAAUAGAACCCAGGAGUCCUGACUCCCAGUCCCCCUCCUCCCUUGUGCCUAGCACUGCUAACGGAACCCAGGAGUCCUGGUGACCAAUUCCCCCUACUCUAAACCCACUAGCACCCUGUGAGGCCACCUGUGUUCUAGUUGCAGGUCUGCCACUGUGCAGCUGGGGGACUGUCACUGCUGCUGUGCCUCAGUUUCCCCAAAUGAAAAACAGGGAGGUGCGCUCCUUAGCUCUGUCCUCACUGCAAAACCAGGAUCCAUUUCUACUGCCAGCUAGCCCCACAAGGGGUUGUACAUCACAGUAGCAGGGGCACAGGUAAUUUACCUCCACAGAGGUAGUCUAGAACAAUCCUAUACCACCCCCUCCAAAACCUCAACUAGCUACAUUGCGUUUAAAAACUUCCCAGACCACAUCCCCAGCCGGGCCCUCCAGCACCUUAGGAAAAAAAGUGCCCUUAACUUGCGUCAGCCAACACACUGAUACAAGGCGAAGUUCCAGUGAAGACUAGGCGUAGCCUCAAGGAAACCUUAAGCCACAUCAUAGUUUGUAGCUGGACCUGCUAGUGCAUGUGAAAACUACACCCUGCCUCGGCCACACUAGAGCGUCUUCCUCUUAUGAGGAGAGGCUGAAGGAACUGGGAUUGUUUAGUCUGCAGAAGAGAAGAAUGAGGGGGGAUUUGAUAGCUGCUUUCAACUACCUGAAAGGGGGUUCCAAAGAGGAUGAAUCUAGACUGUUCUCAGUGGUACCUGAUGACAGAACAAGGAGUAAUGGUCUCAAGUUGCAGUGGGGGAGGUUUAGGUUGGAUAUUAGGAAGGCGGUGAAGCACUGGAAUGGGUUACCUAUGGAGGUGGUGAAAUCUUUACCUUUAGAGGUUUUUAAGGUCAAGCUUGACAAAGCCCUGGCUGGGAUGAUUUAGUUGGGAAUUGGUCCUGCUUUGAGCAGAGGGUUGGACUAGAUGACCUCCUGAGGUCCCUUCCAACCCUGAUAUUCUAGGAUUCCCAUGUAUUCGAAUCCCUCAGGGUUUGGCUUCACAGGACAGCUGCCCCGCUGUCGUACUGGAGUGAAAACGCUACUAGCAGAUCUGCUCCCGCCAGCGUAGUUAAUCCUCCGCCCCCAGAGGCGGUGGCCAUGUCAACAGGAGAAACACUCCCAUCCCCAUAGCAUGUAUACAUAGGGGGAUAAGUCGGUAUAACUGCACUGCUCACGGGGGUGGAUUUUUCAACCCCCCUAUAUUGACAUAGGGCUGUGGUGUAGACCUCACCUUAGUGAAGACAAGGCCCGGAUGUCGGGCCCGGGCCACCACAGUGAGGUCCUGCUCUCAGCUGGUGGGCUUCUAGACAGGACGCUAAUAUACACAACCAACCGUGCCCCUCUCCCUAAGAGCAGGGUGGUCUAGGUGUUACGGGAACACAGACGAACCGCCCUGCUCCCCUCCCACGUCCCAAACAAACUGAGGCCUCAGUGCCACCGAGUCUGUAUUGUUUUUAUAAACUUAAAAACUGCACAGGAGGGGGUGGGGAAAUCAACUAUGUACAUAAAGUGUAAAAGGCACCAGGCUGCAGUGGAAAUACAUUCUAUGGGCUCCGGCCCAGCGACCCCCCCAGACCCACGUCUCAGAACCAGAGGGGAGACAGAUCUGCCCCCUCCCUCCCCCAUCGGGUGAACAGAAGCCAAGACAACUGGCACAUUUAUACGUAUGUUACAGGUUAACUGAGGCAUAGGCUAAAAUGAGCAGUAAUUGGUCACUGUAUAAAAAGCUAAUAUAUUAAGAGUCCUCUAAAAAAAAAAAAAAUUACACAGAAAGGGUUGGCUGCAGCUCGGAGCCCUGGGCUUCCCCCAACGAGAUCAGCCUCCCCCACCCCCCAGGGGACAGAUUCAUUGAUGCAAUAGGCACUUUUUGCUCUUUUCUUCCUUGGCUGGGCGAGUUCUGGAGUCUGGGGAAUAAAGUGCAUGACGUGGGCACAGUGGCGGAGGGGGAAGCGGGCGGGAGCUCGGCCGAUGAUGGAGCUGGUGGCGGCAGCUGUAACGGGUACUCACUCCCACCUAGGGACAGGGGAAUUCAGACCCACGGGCCCUGGCAGAGAACGCACGGAGGUUCGGGCCCCGGGACUCCCGGCUGGCCGGCGCCUCUGUUCCAUUAACAUCCAGGCUGGCGCCAGCUUAAGUGGGGAGCCACAGGUCCCGGGUUCGAAUCCCAGGAGGGAAACAGCCAACCCAGGCCUGAGGUUUAUCAUGCUGCUUAACACGCACCUGGACGGCGCCCAGAUGCCAGGGUGACAAGCAUGGAAGAACAGAUACAGAGGACACUUUCUAUUCCAUAAGCGCCCCCCCCCCUCCCAAAAAAUGGGCUCUGCCCAGCACACCUUGAUGAAACCUGCAUCCCUUUGCCCUAAGCUAGCAGGAGACAGUGCAGCUCCCUUCACCCCAGAGAUCUCAUACACCCCCCUCCCUACAGGGGGAAAUAAUAACAGGCUCCUAUGAGCCCUGCACUGGAGGGGGUAGGGGGCCGGAUGGGAACCCUGGCCUCAUUGCGUAUAGAGGGAUGUAAUCUGACCCAUGCCCCCUUGUGGACACAGGGAUGAUUGCAUCCACACCACUGGGGGAAAUGUGGGGUGCUUAAGAGCAGGGGAGGGGGUGCAGCAGCUGUUUUUUGGGGGGAGGUUGAGUUACUCACUCCCCGGGGAUCUGCCGGAGGGGGCGCAGUAUGGAGUAUGGGGGGGCAGCAGUCAGAAACCCAGUCCAUCCCUCCCCCCA